AUGACAUCACCUCCUUCGCGUCCCCGGAAUGUGGGCAUAUUGGCCAUGGAAGUGCACUUCCCGUCCGACUACGUGGACCAGCAGGACAUGGAACGCUACGACGGCGUCAGUCGCGGCAAGUAUACGCUCGGACUGGGACAGCUGCGCAUGGCGGUGCCUGGCGACCGCGAGGACGUGCACGCGCUGGCGCUGACGGCCGUCUCGAGGCUCUUGAGUCGCUAUGACGUGUCGCCUGAGCAGGUCGGACGUCUCGAAGUGGGUACUGAGACGCUGCUGGACAAGAGCAAGUCGGCAAAGACAGUGCUGAUGCAGCUCUUUGGAGCCAAUGCAGACGUCGAGGGCGCGACGGUCGUGAAUGCCUGUUACGGCGGCACGGCAGCGCUGCUGAACGCCGUGGCGUGGAUCGACAGCAGCUUCUGGGACGGACGGUAUGCUAUUGUGGUGGCCGCUGAUAUCGCCGUGUAUGCCCAGGGACCUGCACGGCCCAGUGGCGGCUGUGGUGCCGUGGCGAUGCUCAUUGGACCCGACGCGCCAAUGGUAUUGGACUGCCGGACCAAAGCUACUCAUGCGACCAACGUGUGGGACUUUUACAAGCCCAAUAUGACCAGCGAGUACCCGACAGUGGACGGCCAGCUGUCGAACGCGUGUUAUCUGCAUGCGCUUGAUGAAUGCUACCAGCUUUUCUGCAAGAAGAGCAAGUUGCUGGCUUCAACUGAUCAAAAACAAGUCGUCGGUAUGUCGUCUAUGGACUACGCGGUCUUCCACUCGCCGUACUACAAGUUGGUGCAAAAGUCAUUUGCUCGUCUGGUUUUUCACGACUCGAGACGUCUACUGAGCAGUGGUGACGAGGCUGCAAAGGAAAAAUACGCUACGCUGACAAAGUGGACGAACGCACCGCUUUGCGAUACACUAAAUGACCGAGAGCUGGAUCUUGCUGCUCGCAACGUGGCGAGUGAGGAUUUUGAGGCCAAGGUGUCGCCGAGCUGCACUACUUCUCAGCAGCUUGGGAACUCUUACACGGCAGCAGUAUACAUGAACCUGGCAACGUUGGUGCACGCACGGGCCAAGGAACUGGCGCUUGGUGCUCGGGUGCUUUUGUUUUCGUACGGCUCGGGAAGCCUUGCUUCUAUGUUUGUGCUCCACACGCGUGAGCCGUCCGAAUCAGCUAAGGGCAAGUUCUCACUGGGCAAGAUCGCCGAGUCCCUCGACCUUAUCGCGCGUCUCGCGCGUCGUACUAAAAAGUCUCCGGAGGAGUUCACUGCGCGCAUGAAGUUGCGUCAGGUCACAUAUGGUGCGGAACACGAUGUGAAGCUCACGCAGUCGAUUGCUUCCAUUCCUGCAGGUGAGUUUUACCUCGACCGCAUCGAUAACAUGGGUCGCCGCUUUUACGCUCGUUCAAAGCCGAACGUCACGUCUGCGGGAGAUACGCAGGAACAAAGUCUCAUGACCAAGACAAUGCUAGAAGCUGCUGGCGCUGUUUACGUAAGUGGUACUAGUGUCGGCCUGCCGGGUCAAACCAAGGUGUUUGAAGGCGAAAAAUCGAUUGAAAAGCUUUUGCGGGGCGAAAAUUGUAUUCGUGAGCUUAUCGAUGCCGACAAGGACAAAAUGGUGGCUCGAAACAUAGUGCAAAUCAGCACAAACAAAGCUACCGGCAACGUGACCCGUUCACCCGUCUCUACUCGUGAGGAUUGUAUUCAAGUGUCUGCGGUUACGAAUGACAUGGACCUCGAGAAAGAGUAUGGCAUAGCCGCGACGAUCGCGCGUUCGAUGGAUAAGCCCACCCAGUUGGCUGUGGCUGCUGGCCUUGAGGCUGUUCGCAGCGCUGGACUUGUGGACGGAUCAAAUGCGAAUUGGCACUUGCCUGAGCAUAUGCGCGACUCAACGGGUGUGAUAUACGCCACAUCAUUUCCAGCGAUGGAUGCUGCGGUGUCAGAAACCUCUCGUUACCACGAAGAAAGCAAGAACAAGGGUGAGUUGGCCUAUGCAAUGGAUACUAAGAUUUUAUUCCGACUGCUGGUGCUUGCAAAUGCUCAGCUUGCACAGUUUAUUGGAGCACGUGGACCUAACACGCAAAUCAACGCGGCAUGCGCAGGCACAACACAAGCAGUUGGCAUGGCUCAAGAUUGGAUUCGGUCCGGUAAAUGUCAGCGGGUAAUUGUGAUAUCCAGCGACACCGCCAGCUCGGAGACUUUGAUGCCGCUGAUUGGUGGUGGCUUUCGGGCACUUGGCGCUGCGUGCAUUGCCCCGACGGUCAGUGCUGCAGCACGUCCAUUUGAUGCGAAGCGUAGCGGUAUGAUUGUCGGCAGCGGUGCGAUCGGGUUGGUGUUGGAGUCUCCUGUGGCUUUCGCAGAGCGCGUAGUGACUGGAUCUACCAACAAGAAGGUUGUGCAUUUAGUUGCCUCCCAGUUCAGCAACUCGGCCUAUCACGGUGCUGCACUGGAGCCGACCCACGUUGGCCAAGAGCUCAUGCGGUUUUUGCAACGCGUAGAAAACGAUUUCGGUAUCACGCGAGAGGAGAUAGCUUGCAACGGAGUCUACUACAGCCAUGAGACAUGCACGAACGCAUCCGCGACGUCUUCGUGUGCUUACACGGAAGUGACAGCGUUGCGCGCAGCUUUCGGCUCGAAGCUGCUUGCUCAGCUAAUGAUUGCAAACACGAAGGGAUUUACUGGACACCCCAUGGCUGUAGCGUUUGAGGACGUGGCUGCCAUCGAGGGUUUACGCCACGGAUGUGUUCCACCUGUGGUGCAUUUUGAAACCCACGACCCAAACUUGGGCAACACAUCUCUUCGUCUUGCGUCGGGAGGUGCUCACGCCCACAAGUAUGCGCUUCGUUUCGCUGCAGGCUUUGGCUCGCAGCUUGCGUUCUCUCUUUAUGCGCGUGAAAGUUGA